AUGGGAGGAAGGGAGGUGGGGAUGUGUCGCGAAAAUAUUUUUAGGUCCAAAAGCGGGUCCCCGCUCAAAAAGUUUGCGGACCACUGUGUAAAGGCCGACUGCACAGUUGACUAUUCCUCCAUGAUCAUUGACUGCGCUACCGACUUCAGUAAAGUAGUAACUACUAUGGAGUGCAGCAUUACCAGCUACAUCCGCUAUGAAGUUCCUUACACCACCAGCAGGGAUGGGCAUAUGUCCAUAGCCAUUCCAUCUGGUGUUUACAUCAAUGAAGUCUAUGUCACUGUCAAUCGUUCAAACUGUCUGACUAAGGAGAUUCCAGUCAAUUUAACGUCACGCAACACAUCAAGACUAGUCAAUGCGAUAUGUGAGGUUGACCAGGGGCUUAAAGAGGAUCCAGACUGCAAUUCAGGUGUCACCAACCAGCAAUGCAUAGCUCAGAAGUGCCUAAUCACCUAUGAGGUGAAGUCCACCAUGGACACAAACAGAACAGUCUCCAUGAAGAUUCCAGAUGAUGUCGACAAUGUGACUCCCAUCCUUAUGUCAGACUGCGGUAAAUUAGAAGUCAGCGUAACAGGUACCAUUUAUCUUCUAACGUCGUGUGACAUUUAA